UCUUCUCACGGCUCUCACUCUUCUCUUGUCCACUCUCUAAAAAUGUGGCUCCCCAAUAUGCCCCACAGUCAGAGUCCUGUGUUCUCACCACAGCUCCUCACCCUAACCCUGACCCUCUUGCUUUGUGCAGGACAGCUGAGCCUGGCAGACAAACCUCUGCUAGCGUUCCUGAUCGAUGGAUUUAGAUAUGACUACAUGGAUGACUUAAAUGCGCUGCCGGGUUUCAGGGAGCUUGUGAGCAACGGUGUCAAGGUGGACUACAUGACGCCAGACUUCCCAAGCUUAUCUUAUCCAAACUACUACUCAUUAAUGACGGGACGUUACUGUGCUGAGCAUCACAUGACAGGAAACUACAUGUAUGACGAGGUCUCUAACAAAGAGUUUCUGAUCGGGACAAAUGCAGACAGUCGCCUUCCUCUGUGGUGGGAGGGGUCAGAGCCACUGUGGGUCACUCUGCAGAAACAAGGAAAGAAGGUGUUCAUGUACUACUGGCCAGGCUGUGAGGUGGAGAUUUUUGGUGUUCGACCGUCGUUCUGUGAGGAGUACGUCUACAACCCGUCAGAGAAAAACCUCACUGACUCCAUCAGGAAUGCUCUUCACGUGCUCAAGUCAGGUGAGGCGGCCAUGGCAGCCAUAUAUUAUGAAAAUAUUGAUGUGGAGGGUCAUCACCAUGGACCGGACUCACAGGAGGUUAAAAUGGCAGUGAAACACUUGGAUGCUGCCAUGGAAACGCUCAACAAAGAAAUCAAAGGCCGGCAGAUGGAAGAGCAGCUGAACGUGGUGCUGUUCUCAGAUCAUGGUAUGACGAAGCUGCAGUGGAUGGAGAAAGUCAUUGAGCUGGAGAAAUACAUCAACAUGUCAGACAUUAAAAAGAUGUUAGACCGGGGACCAGUGGUCAGCCUGUGGCCUGAGGAGAACCGCUAUCAACAUGUGUACUCAGCUCUCUCCCAGGUGUCAAACAUGAAGGUGUACAGCAGACAGGAAGUCCCUGAGCGUUUCUACUUUAAAGGUGGAAGGUUUGUCCCCCCGCUGACGCUGGUGGCUGAGCCCGGCUGGUUUAUCGCUGAGAACAGGGUGAGCCUCCCAUACUGGAAAAAUGAUUCAGGAGAAGCUUCAGCUUGGCAGAACGGCUGGCAUGGCUAUGACAAUGAGUUCAUUGACAUGAGAGGAUUCUUCCUGGCUAAAGGACCUGACUUUAAGCGUGACUUGCGUGCUGCCCCGAUCCGAGCCGUAGACGUCUAUAACCUAAUGUGUCGGACACUGGGGGUGGAUCCUCUGCCAAAUAAUGGGUCGUGGUCUCGAGUUGAGUACCUGCUGAGGAGCUCGGGGGCACUGAGUCGCCGUCCUGCCCUGCUGAGCUACAGUGUGGGGCUGAUUGGAGUCCUGUUGGCGCUGAUUGAGUUUAUCUGAAAUACAGAGCAAAAUCAUCACUGUCACACCUGGAGAAGGUUCUAGCACAUCAAGGACCUGCAGCCUGGAGCCUUGGCAGGCAUGGAGAGUCUGCGAGGACCGUGCAGUAAUGUAGUGAAACUUCCUAAACAAACGUAGAGCCAAGAUGGGCGAAUCCUCCAGCAGACACAGAAAAGACUUCUUAAUCAUUGUAACAUUUUUAAAAUUUGUCUUCAUGUUCAAGCUGCUUCAAAGAUUCUUUUACAUUUUUCUAGAAUAUUUGAAUUUUAUAUAAAGCAUUUUUAAUGAUUCUUGUAAUUUCCUUGAUAGUAAAAAAAAUGACUUUCUUAAAAAAAUAGAGUCAAGUUCUAUUCACUCUGAUGUUGUUCUAUAUUUUUGUAUACAUGUGCCAUCGAAUGUUCUGCAAACCUGCUAAAACAUGUCCAACAAGCCUUCUGAUUUAUAGAAAGGAAUAUAUUCAUAGUGAAAAGAAAAACAUUUUAUUGCAAAAUGGAUAUACAGUUUUACCUAGUGGAGAAGGCCCUGUUCAAAAGAUGUUCCCUGGGUUGGUCAAGCAGUAUGCUUGACUCUCCAGGGGGCGGAUGACUAGAAAAUCCCAUAUGAAUAGAUACAUCUAUGACAAAGUGUAUUAAACACAAUAAAAUUAGUUCAGAAACAAUCAGUCCAUAGUAUGAAUCUGAAUGUAUGAGGGUGCAACAGCUUUAUGCUAUAAAGGAGGAGGCUGGGGUGGCGGAAGUGAAACUUUGCCAGCAGCAAAUGCAAGCAGGGAUUAGAGAGACACAUAUCUUUAAAUGGACUGCUGUGUUGAGAGGAAGAGCUGUGAUUGUCUGUGGGAAUCAGCUGACUGUCAGCCGAUCACGGCUGGGCUUAUGACUUCCAUGUCCUGCAUGGACUAACACUAAACUUCAUUAUUGCAAGCAUGGGGCUAAAACCUUCAAUCUUCAUUUUUUGUGAUUUUAUUUUUUUCAUAAAUCAGUGCUAUUGGUCACGCUUUACAUCUGUCAUUGGGGUUUAACACAUUUAAAACAAUUAAAAAUGUCAAAAAGA